AUGGGAAUUAAAGUGGAGGAGACAGAGACAGUACGUCCCCCAGAUGGUGGCUGGGGCUGGGCUGUUCUGCUGGGAGGUUUUGUCAUCACUGGCUUUUCAUAUGCUUUUCCAAAAGCUAUUAGUGUUUAUUUCAAAGAACUGAUGCGAGACUUUGACUGUGGUUACAGUGACACGGCCUGGAUUUCAUCCAUCAUGUUAGCUAUGCUCUAUGGCUCAGGUCCAGUCUCCAGCAUCAUGGUUAAUAAAUUUGGAUGUCGUCCAGUGAUGCUGAUUGGAGGAUUACUGGCCUCAGGAGGGAUGAUAGGUGCCUCUUUCACUACUAACAUUAUCCAGCUCUACCUCACUGCAGGUGUCAUUACAGGUCUUGGCCUUGCCUUGAACUUCCAACCAUCACUGAUUAUGCUGGGGUCUUAUUUUGACAAACGGAGACCACUGGCCAAUGGACUGGCUGCAGCUGGAAGCCCAGUAUUUCUGUCAGCUCUUUCUCCAUUAGGUCAAGUGCUGCUGAACCGUUAUGGAUGGAGAGGAGGAUUUCUGAUCAUGGGUGGUCUUCUGCUAAAUUGUUGCAUCUGCGGAGCUGUUAUGAGACCCCUGAAAUGCAAAGAAAGGAGAACGAUGGCGAAAGGAGAGGCCUACUCCCAAGAGCUCAAAGAAAUGCUGCCUUCUAGGGCCGGACAAGAGAGUAACAUUUGUAAACACCAUAAUGCUGAAAAGCCUAGGAAAAAGAAGCUUUUGGACUUCAGUGUACUUUGUGACCAAGGGCUAAUUAUCUAUAUCAUUGCAAAAUUUAUAGUUGUCCUUGGCCUGUUUGUUCCAACUAUUCUCUUAGUCAACUAUGCUAAGGAUCAAGGAGUGCCCGACCAGGAUGCUGCCUUUCUGUUAUCUAUUAUAGGAUUUAUUGACAUCUUUGCCCGUCCCACAUGUGGCAUAUUGGCUGGUUUUAAAUGGAUUCGACCCAAGAUGCCUUAUUUCUUCAGCCUUGCCUUGCUCUUCAAUGGCCUAACAGAUGUUUGUUCAGCCACAAGCACAGAUUAUAAGGGGUUAGUUAUCUUCUGUGUGUUCUUUGGGCUCUCUUAUGGCAUGGUGGGUGCUCUACAGUUCGAAGUGCUAAUGGGUAUUGUGGGGACAAGCAGUUUUUCCAGUGCACUUGGCCUAGUGCUCCUCAUAGAGGCAGUGGCUGUGCUGAUUGGACCUCCCUCUGCUGGUUAUUUGGUAGAUGCUUACAAGAACUAUGAACUCAUUUUUUACAUGGCUGGCGGAGAGCUGAUCACUGCUGGAAUAUUUCUUUCCCUUGCAUCAUUCUGCUGCAUUAAGCAAAAGAAAAGAAAAGACUCAUCUAAGAUUCAUCAUGCUGAUGUGGCAAAUAAUCAUGUUAGGAAUGAAUCAGAUCAAGCCUAAAAGAUGAAGAGUGAAGAGAGCUCUGCUGUUUGGAGAGUGACAUUUACAUACAGUUAAAGAUGAACUCAUUAAAAAGGUUUUACUCCUAAAGAAAUUAUUUCCCAAUGUAUGUAUAAAAUCAUGACCCCUCACAUGAGGUCAUAUCAUUAACCUUAUGCGGGGUGUCCCCUCAUGGGGGUGCCCAUGUUAGAAUCACAUGAUCAGUCGAAUAGUACUCACUUAAUCUCAGUAACCACCCAGUUAUUGGACAUUUUCACUCAUGGAUUAAAUGAAUCAU